AAUAUAGACCCAGAAAGAGAGAGAGAGAGAGAAAGAGAGAAGGAGAGAGAGAGAGAGAGAGAGAUUUUCGCCCAUUCAUACUAUAAGGAGGCUGCUGCAUCGUGGUCCUCAGUACUUAUACAGCUUAGCUGACGGAGAGUGGGAGGCAAAGAAAGAGAGCGAGAGAGAGAGAGAGAGAGAGAGAGAGAGAGAGAGAGAGAGAGAGAGAGAGAGAGAGAGAGAGAGAGAGAGAGAGGGGAAAAAGAGAGAGAGAGUGAGAGAGAGCAAGAGAGAGAGAGAGAGAGAGAGCGAGGGAGAGAGAGAGAGAGAGAGAGAGAGAGAGAGAGAGAGAGAGAGAGAGAGAGAGAGAGAGAGAGAGAGCAAGAGGGAGAGAGGGAGAGAGAGAGAGAAAGGAGGGAUGGGUGCAGAGUGUGUGAGGAACGAGAAGUCACUGUGAUUCCGCCAAACAGUGGAGUUUCCUCCAGCUCUGCUCUGCUCUACUCUACCUGGUACUUGAGGCCCUGUGUGUGUCCAGCAUGAGUAACAUCUACGAGUCUGCAGAGGCGACCCUUGGCCUGUGCAACUCUUCCUGUCUGACCAAGGUUGAGCUGAGAGUGGCUUGUCAAGGGAUCUCAGACCGAGAUGCCCUUUCUAAACCAGACCCCUGUGUUGUCCUCAAGAUGCAGUCACACGGACAGUGGUUUGAGGUGGACCGGACAGAGGUGAUCCGUAGCUGUAUCAGUCCAGUGUUCUCUAAGGUGUUACUGGUUGACUACUACUUUGAGGAGGUGCAGCGUCUUCGCUAUGAGCUACAUGAUAUCAGUCCCGCUCACAACGGACUCAGAGACACAGACUGCCUCGGGGCUAUGGAGUGCACGUUGGGACAGAUCGUGUCCCAGAGGAAACUGUCCAAAGCGUUACUUAAACAGGGAAACGCUACCAGCAAGUCCUCCAUCACGGUAACAUCAGAGGAGUUGUCAGGUAAUGAUGACUACGUAGAACUCUCCUUCAGAGCUCGGAAACUAGACGACAAGGAUUUCUUCAGUAAAUCAGAUCCAUUUUUGGAAAUCUUCAGAAUAAAUGAUGAUGGCAGUGGAUCACUUGUUCACAGAACUGAGACGGUGAUGAAUGACCUCAGCCCGGUGUGGAAGUCAUUCAAGGUCUCUCUUAACACACUGUGUAGUGGAGACCACGACCGGCAACUGAAGUGCACAGUGUAUGAUUGGGACUCCAAUGGGAAGCACGACUUCAUUGGAGAGUUUCAGACCACCUAUAAGGAGAUACGGACAGACCUGGAGGGGAGACAGAUGCAAUGGGACUGUAUAAACCCGAAGUACCAACUGAAGAAGAAGAACUACAGAAACUCUGGCGUCAUCGUCCUCAACCACUGUAAGAUCAUCAAGAUGUAUUCUUUCCUGGAUUACAUCAUGGGAGGCUGUCAGAUCCAGUUCACAGUGGCCAUAGACUUUACAGCGUCAAACGGAGACCCCAAAAACAGUUGUUCUCUCCACUACAUCCAUCCAUACCAGCCCAAUGAAUACCUGAAAGCCCUGGUGGCUGUGGGCGAAAUAUGUCAAGACUAUGACAGUGAUAAGAUGUUUCCAGUGUUUGGGUUUGGAGGUCAGAUCCCACCUGACUUCAAGGUUUCACACGAUUUUGCCGUGAACUUUGAUGAGGACAAUCCAGAAUGUUCUGGUAUUCAGGGUGUGGUGGAAGCCUACCAGGGCUGCCUCCCUAAGAUCCAGCUGUACGGACCGACCAACAUCGCUCCCAUCAUACAGAAAGUUGCAUCUUCUGCCUCAGAGGAGAUGCACACCAAGGAAGCUAUGGAGUAUUUCAUCCUAUUGAUCCUAACAGAUGGAGUGAUAACAGACAUGGCUGACACUAGAGAAGCUAUAGUCCAUGCUUCCCACCUGCCCAUGUCUGUCAUCAUAGUAGGAGUGGGAAACGCUGACUUCAGUGACAUGCAGAUGCUGGAUGGAGACGAUGGAAUACUCAGGUCCCCAAAAGGAGAGCCUGUUCUCAGAGACAUUGUCCAGUUUGUUCCCUUUAAAGACUUCAAACAUGCGUCCCCGGCUGCGCUUGCUAAGAGUGUGUUAGCAGAGGUGCCCAAUCAGGUGGUGGAUUACUACAACGCAAAAGGAAUCCAUCCAAAAUGUCUGUCUGACUAUGACGAAUCUACCAGACCCUUCAGUCCCUGAUCACGCAAACACACCUAUUAUAAACACACACACACCCAUUAUAAACACACACACACCCAUUACACACCCAUUAUAAACACACACCCAUUAUAAACACACACACACACCCAUUAUAAACACACACCCAUUAUAAACACACACACACACCCAUUACACAUCCAUUAUAAACACACACAUUAUACACACACACCCAUUAUAAACACACACACACACACUAUUAUAAACACACACACCCAUUAUAAACACACACACACCCAUUUUAAACACACACACACUAUUAUAAACACACACAGCCAUUAUAAACACACACACACACACGUUAUAAAUACACACACACCCAUUAUAAACACACACACACCCAUUAUAAAUACACACACACCCGUUAUAAAUACACACACACCCGUUAUAAAUACACACAGCCAUUAUAAAUACACACACACCCAUUAUAAAUACACACACACCCGUUAUAAAUACACACACACCCAUUAUAAACACACACACACCCGUUAUAAAUACACACACACAAAUUAUAAACACACACACACAAAUUAUAAACACACACACACCCAUUAUAAACACACACACCCAUUAUAAACACACACACACCCAUUAUAAACACACACACCCAUUAUAAACACACACACCCAUUAUAAACACACACAUACCCGUUAUAAAUACACACACACCCAUUAUAAACACACACACCCAUUAUAAACACACACACACCCAUUAUAAACACACACACCCAUUAUAAACACACACACCCAUUAUAAACACACACACCCAUUAUAAACACACACACCCAUUAUAAACACACACACCCAUUAUAAACACACACACACCCAUUAUAAACACACACACCCAUUAUAAACACACACACCCAUUAUAAACACACACAUACCCAUUAUAAACACACACACACCCAUUAUAAAUACACACCCAUUAUAAACACACACACCCAUUAUAAACACACACACACCCAUUAUAAACACACACACACCCAUUAUAAACACACACACACAUUAUAAACACACACACACCCAUUAUAAACACACACACACCCAUUAUAAACACACACACCCAUUAUAAACACACACACACCCAUUAUAAACACACACACACCCAUUAUAAACACACACACACCCAUUAUAAAUACACACCCAUUAUAAAUACACACCCGUUAUAAACACACACACACCCAUUAUAAAUACACACCCGUUAUAAACACACACACACCCAUUAUAAACACACACACACACUGCAUAUUGUAGUGUAGCCCAGAAAAGUAGUUUAAUCUGGUGGUUUCACUACGUAAUAUAUUACUGCAUGCUGGCCUAAUGGGUUUAACACACACACACCUUUUAAAGGUGACUUUCAAUAUUGUUUAACAAUAUUACAUACAGUAUAGGCUAAUUGAAGUUUAGUAAGAGUUGUACUUAUCAUAACCAUAAGGGCCUAUUAGUCCAUAGUUUAGGGUUAUGGUAACAUAGGAGACUUUGUAACCAAAUCAUGUGUAGCUUUAAAUCAUGUUUAAAGAGUGACUGAACCAAACAACCGACUUCUCCGGUUGAUAACGACCUAUGUAGCAUCAAUAUGAGUCAGAAACAUUUGUUAUUGAGUCUAAAUUGACUACAAAGUGUAAAAAGGGUAAUUUUGGUCAUAAAGUCAGUACCCGUCCAAAACAAAGAUUUGUUGAAAUGUAAGGAAUCUAGGUUACGUAACAGUUUUCCUUGGGUUGAGUUCAUUUCAAUCAUGCCCACAGCUGGCAUCACCCAAGUAAUCAUCAAUUCUGAGCACAGGUGCAAAAAACCCGAUCAUUAUGCGCACACUGACCGUGGUUAAUUUGGUUUGACUUUGGAUAUCACUAUGGGUCUAAAUAGGGACCAUCAAGAAAUUACACAAUGUACAAUGUGAAAACAUUUCAAUGGCUCCAAAUGUACAUUACUUAAAAACCUCAAACCCAACUAUAAAUUGUAGAAAUUAAUAUACAAAUAUUGAAAGAAUGUAAAGAGAACUAAAAUAUGUGCAACAUGAAAAUAUUGUACCAUUUAUAUUGUGUACUUUUUUGACGGUCCCUAACUAGCCCCAGAGAUAGGCUAUCAAAAUGUAAACCAACUUCUCCAUGGGUCGCACACCAGCCGACAGAAGCUGAUUGGUGAAAGGCCUAGCCCAGGAUACUUCCAGACACAACCUGAGCCCUAUAUUACGAAUCAGGUUUGAGGAGUUAGAGAGGUAACUUUGGUCAACUCUGGAAAACCGAUCCUAUGAAAGUGGCUCACCUUUUAGUCAGGGAAAUUUCUAUAGCAAUAAUUCCUUCAGAAUUAACCUGAUCUGGGGCGGGCUAACUCACGGCUAACUCACGGCUAACUCCACUUACCCUGAAUGAAAUGACUGAUAAGCGAGUCGAGGACCAAUGAAAUUAGGUUUACCUUCCUCUCGCAAAGAUUAAGUCAUCAUCCCCUUCAGGGGGACGUCUGAUUCAUUAUUUUAUGAAUCAAAUGUUUUGGGUUCAAAUGUGUCAUAUUAAAAGACCUAUCGUGUUACACAUUUAGAGAUGACAGGAUGAAGUUCACGCAACUUAGAGAUGACAGGAUGAAGUUCACGCAAUUUAGAGAUGACAGGAUGAAGUUCACGCAAUUUAGAGAUGACAGGAUGAAGUUCACACAACUUAGAGAUGACAGGAUGAAGUUCACGCAACUUAGAGAUGACAGGAUGAAGUUCACGCAACUUAGAGAUGACAGGAUGAAGUUCACGCAACUUAGAGAUGACAGGAUGAAGUUCACGCAACUUAGAGAUGACAGGAUGAAGUUCACGCAACUUAGAGAUGCCAGGAUGAAGUUCACGCAACUUAGAGAUGACAGGAUGAAGUUCACGCAACUUAGAGAUGACAGGAUGAAGUUCACGCAACGGUAAAACCUUUGCAUGACUGUAUGUGAUACAAUUCCUUUAUUGAUAUGGGUGGGACAAAAGGUGAUUGUGUAUUGAUAAGCACAUCCAAAGCAUAUCACAAGAAACACACACACACACACACACACAAGAGACACCCGCAUCAAUGACCUCCUCCAAGACCCAAAUCUCGUUCUCAGUCUCAUUUCCUAAUGAGGAGGGUUGAAACCCAAAACUAAAUCGGUCAGUUCAGCCUCAAUUUGAAAUCAUGUUGCUCUCGUGCCUCGUUCCUUCAGCACUACUUAUACAUUUCAUAUAGAAUCCAGAACUAUUUGCAUGUGGAAAUGUCAUGGGAUGCAUUUUAUCUGUUGUUUAUGAUUUUGUUGGUGGCCCACUCUUUGAUGGUAUGCACAUUUUACAGAGGGUGGAUUUUAAGGAGUUAGGAUUAUAUACUGUAACGUGUUAUAUACGUCUUUUCUACAGGUUUGUUGAGAGUUUGCUAAAUAAAUAAAUAAAUAAAACUGUAUUCAU